GAAAUAUGCAAUGGAAACUCUCACACGAAACAAGGUCUAUUCCCAUUACAAUCACACCGAUCCCUGCAAACACUUCCGCUGGACAGCCAGGUCUCUCUCUCUCUCUCUCUCUCUCUCUCUCUCUCUCUCUCCCCGCAAGCACUCCCGUGGACUGCCGGGGCGGGGAUGGUGAGGUUUGAACCGUGCAAUGAGCAGGCCCUCAAUACUUCUGUAUUUUGUAAUGCUAUUUAUAAUCACUUUGUGCAACUCGUCUAAAUUUGCGCUGGGCAAUCGGCAGGGAGUGCUACCAGUUCAUGUAUGCCAGGUCAUGGCAACAAGUUCUUGAUUUCUACUCGAAUGUGGUGAAUGGGCGUUUGCAAUUGUCCGCAUUGUUUGAAACUAAGAGGACUUUCUCCACAGACACAUCAAGUUCCUGAAAUUCUGGAGGCUUUUGAUGAUACAGAAUUGAGGAAUAUUCAAAUUGGGGACAGGACUGGCAGGUGGGCAAGAGUUACCUUUAAGAUAGUUCUUUCAUAUCACGGAGGUUCCUUUGAUGGGUGGCAGAAACAGCCGGGCUUGAACACUGUUCAAGGCUUAGUAGAACGAUCUCUUGGGAAAUUCAUUGAUGAGAAGAAAGUUCAACAGCUUAAAGACAAGUGUUUACCAGUGGAAGGCUGCGCCAUUGUUGCUGGGCGUACUGACAAAGGAGUGACGGCUCUUCAACAAGUUUGUGCUUUCUAUACUUGGCGGAAGGAUGUUAAGGUUCAAGAUGUUGAAGAUGCCAUCAACAGUGCAGCACCAGGAAAGCUCAGAGUCUCAUCUGUGUCUGAGGUGCCACGUGUAUUCCAUCCUAAUUUUUCUGCAAAAUGGAGGCGUUAUUUUUAUAUUUUCCCUUUUAAUGAUGGAGAGGAUGGGCAGCGGAAUGAUGAGAGUGAGGAAAAUGUUGAGAAUGUUAGUUCCAGUGGAAUUAAUGAUGAGCAUAGAGAUGACUCUGCUGAUUAUAUUUUUGAGAAUAACAUUGAGAGCACAAUUAUCAAUGGUGAUGAUGAGCCUCAAAGUGGAAGGAAACCUAGAAGGUUCAGCAUAAGCAGGGUUAACCUACUUUUACAUCAUCUAGAAGGAAAGUUGUUGUCCUACAAGAUGUUUGCCCGGGAUACCAAAGCUUCAAGAAAUGCAGGUCCACCAACGGAGUGUUUUGUCUACCAUGCCCGAGCUGCUGAAGCCAGAUUACCGUCUCCUGAUCACGGGGAAGGCACAAAAGUCAUGUGUGUUGAGCUGGUUGCUAAUCGCUUCUUACGCAAGAUGGUGCGUGUGCUCGUUGCAACAGCAAUAAGGGAAGCAGCUGCAGGUGCAGGAGACGAUGCUUUGCUGAAGCUGAUGGAUGCUACAUGCCGGCGUGCCACCGCUCCUCCAGCACCUCCUGAUGGUCUUUGCCUUGCUGAUGUCGGUUAUACUGAAUUUGAUCCACAUAUCUGCCUCAUCUUCUAAGAUAAUUUUCGUACAAUCAUACAAAUGGAUGUAUAAAUUAUCACGCAAAUGGUAAUUUCUCACCCUAUGUGCAAUACUUGGAUUGUGUAAACAGCAGUCCUUCCUUGAAAUUUCUGAUGUUUGGACUGCUGCCUUGCGAAUUUCCUGUAAUUUUGCUAUUAUAUAUGCGACCAACUGCUAUAUCCAGACAUUAAUCAGCAUUUUAUUGAGAAAAAAUGAUGAAAUGAUCAAAUGUUUUAAAGCUUAA